CCGCCCCCUCGCGCCUGCAACAUGGCGGCCCCCGGGCCCGCCCAGUGACAGGCGGAGGGAGCCCAAGCGGGCCGCUGCCCGGGGGCUCCGAGGGGCCCAGCGCCAUGGAGGACGCGGCCGUGGGGCCCAGCGGCCCCCGCGCUGAGGAGGGGGCUGGCCCAGGCCCGGCCUCCUGGCUCCAGAGGCUCCGCCACGAGGUGCUCCGCUCCUCCCAGCUGAGCGUGUCCCUGGCGGAGGCCCCGCCGGUGGCCGUGGUGGCGGUGGAGCGCUACAUGGCGGAGAGCCCGCCGCCGCCCAGCAGCGCCUUGCCCAAGCCGCCCGCCCCGGCCUAUUGCUACGACGUGACCCUGGCGGACGGCAGCCGGCGGGAGAAGUGCUGCCUGGCGCCGCCGCUCAACGCCCUGGUGCAGCGCAACGCGCUGCGCGCCGGCUGCCGGCUGCGCCUCACCCGCUGCUCCUACCUGUACGACGAGAAGAAGCUGAGCUCGGGCUUCCUGUGCCUCGAGCGGCUGGACGUGCUGCGGGACCCGCCGGCGGCCCUGCCCCCCGGGGGCCGCGAGCCCGACGAGCAACGGCGCCUGCCCCUCAGGGGCGGGCGGAGCCAUUACCUGCCCCUGUGGAACAACGAAGAUCCCUACGGGGACAUCUGGCUGGCGAGCCGGCCGCCGGAGCGCGUCCAGAUCGAGGUAUCCAAAUUAACUUCUCUUGGUCAUCUGGAAAUGAACUGGAGGAGCAGAAUACACUUCAGUCCAUUGCUUGUGAGAAUCUUGCAUAAGGCUAGACUAAGGUACUAUGGGAAACCUGACAAAAAACUGGAUAUACCGUAUCAGGCUUAUUUUGAAGUUGCUGAUAGUUCAGGCAUGAUGUCGAUGGUUUUGUGGAAUUCUUUAUGUCCUGAGUGGUAUAACAGUAUGAAGAUUGGCACAGUACUUCUGCUUGAACAGUAUGGUAUCAAAACCAGUUAUCCAUUUAAAACACAGCCAACACCAGGGGAUUCACAGAUGAAGAGAUUUACUACAAUUGAAAUUAGCCUGAACGUUCGAGAUCCUCCAACUAAAGUUAACAUUAUUCCAGAAAAAAUGGUUAAACCGGAGUGGAGAUUACCUGAAGUUAGAUAUCGGUUUGUCACAAGGUCAGAACUGGAUAACUUACCGAACAAUCAUUCCUGUGAUAUUAUUGGUCUUGUAAUAUUUGUAGGAAGGGUUGAACGAACAAGAAAGAGAGAAUAUAGUGAAGAUUUUUGGAUACAUCGCUGGGCACAUGUUGUUGAUGGGACAUCAGACCAACCAUUCAUUCUGGAAUUGUUUGCCACUUCUCAGCCGGAUGUAUUUGAACAUAUUCACCCAAUGACCUAUUUGGUGUGCACACAGAUGAGAGUGGUGCGGGACAUCACUGAGAAUACUCCCAGAACACUUUACCUUACCACUUCAAAUGAGAGUCAGAUGUUUAUUACAGGGUGGCACAAAGGCCAACCAUAUACCAGAGAUGCCAAAGUGAAAAACUUUAUCCAGUGGAUUAAAACUCAAAGUGAAGCUGAUCAAAUGAAGAAAACUGUAAUUGGUGGAUACUGUCCUUUCCCACCAGCACCAAAUUCUUUUUUGAAGUAUUGUAAAAAUAAUAAAGUUGAAUCAGUUUUGAAAGCCAUAAGUGAAAUGGAGAGAGAGAUUGAAGACCUGCACUACAGGGAGCACAAGCGCUUUGCUGUUCAGGGGAUAAUUAGUGCUAUAAGAUAUGUCAGCUAUGCAGCUGAAGAUGCCUCGGGAAUGGAACCAAUUCAGGAAGGUAGAGUCCAGUCACCAUCUCAAACGACUGUAAAAACCACUGGUUUGUCUAAAGAUUGUGUUACAAAAGGAAAAAAGCGAAGCCAUCGAAAUAAAGAAGCUAACUCCGUACUUAAUUUACAAUGUGCUUCCCUGGAACAACAGCAGCAUCCGCGUAUGUUAACCAGAAAGAGUCGAAUCAAGAGAAAGAUCGAACACCGUACGGAGGCUGAAAACUUGCAUGAAUUUCAGCAAGAAGAUUCUGUUCCAGAACAAAAUAUCUUGACUGAGCCUGACACUUCACAACCCGAUAGAGCAGACAAAGAAGGAGUGAGUGAUGCACCUGAAAUAGAAGAGAUGGGAAGAACUUCUCAUGAUUCCUGGCAAAGUGAUCUGUGGACAAUGGUGAAAGACAACUUAAUAGAUCACUUGCAUUACUGCACUGUUUUCCCAGAGAGCAUCCCACGUAAAUUUGAUUAUAUGCACAAAGAAUUCCUUAUACAGCAAUACAAUCUACAUCCAUCUGUGUACAAGCCAAAAGAAUACAGAACAAAUAAAGAAAUUCAUGAAUUUAAAAGUGCCAGUGGCCCUGGGCACUAUGAAGUGACUAUACUGGAAUCACAUACAACAGGAUCAUUGUGGACAUUGCUCCGCCCAUCAAGACUCAGGUGAUAUACUGUGGCUAUGUGAUAUACAUGAUGAGACUGAAACAUUGGCAGAUAACUCUGAAACUAUAGAAAAUGAUGGUGAUCUUGAAGGUGGAUAGUCUUCAGAAUCCUGUAUGUUGAGGAUGGAUUCUCCUAAACAAAAUAAAUCAAUGUAGUUGUUUAAUUAUUAUUACCAUACUGCUUAUUUAGUAUUACUCAUUCCAUUCACUGACACUCAGUACUACUUUAAAGGUGAAAUUGUGAAAGGAAGAUCUGCCAAUUUCAGCUAUUUAUUUUUUAUCACAACUGCAUCUAAAAUGAUAGUACCAUAGAGUAACAACUAUAUUUUUUGCUCAAACAUGAGAAUUCAAGAAUAAUCCAAAAGGAAGACAGGCAGUCCUUAAGAAAGAAGUAUGAAAUAUAAAAGUUUACCAACCUGAAGAUCCUGCAUGUUCAGACAUGUUCCUUUCAUCAUCUUCAACGCAGCUUCCUCCUGAGAAGGAACACUUCUCAUGAUGGUGUUUCAUUCGGGCAACCAGGCCUUUAAUUUCUUUGUUGCACUGUUUGCAUUUUGCACGCAUGCCUGUC